AUUUUGUUUUUAGCGGUGAGGAGGAGAACCGGAAAAUUGUAGCGAAAACUGCACCAAAAGAUCUGCCAUCAUGGGGAAUAUGUUUGCAGGCCUAUUUAAGAAUCUCUUUGGGAAGAAAGAGAUGAGAAUUCUGAUGGUGGGCUUGGAUGCUGCCGGAAAGACCACCAUCCUGUACAAACUGAAACUGGGAGAAAUCGUCACCACCAUCCCCACUAUUGGUUUUAAUGUUGAGACAGUAGAGUAUAAGAACAUCAGCUUUACAGUGUGGGAUGUGGGCGGUCAGGAUAAGAUCCGACCGCUUUGGAGGCACUAUUUCCAGAACACGCAAGGCCUGAUUUUUGUUGUGGACAGUAAUGAUAGGGAGAGAGUGAAUGAGGCGAGGGAGGAGUUGACAAGGAUGCUGGCAGAGGAUGAGUUGAGAGAUGCUGUGUUGCUCGUCUUUGCUAACAAACAGGACCUGCCCAAUGCCAUGAACGCAGCUGAGAUCACAGAUAAGCUGGGCCUUCAUUCCCUGCGUCAUCGUAACUGGUACAUCCAGGCCACCUGCGCCACUAGCGGUGAUGGCCUUUAUGAAGGGCUUGACUGGCUCUCUAACCAGCUCAAAAACGCUAAAUGAUCCAUUCCACCUUUUCUUCUUCUGUCAGCGCUGUGUGUGUGUAUGAGUGUAUGUAAAAGGCGAUAGCACUGGUUUCAGUCUCUUCUGGUUGCCCAGUUUAUUCAUUUCCUUCUCUUGUCCAGUCUUGUAUACGUCAGAGACUCUGCCCAGUGCUGUCUAAAUACACGUGUGUGCGUGUGUGUGUGCGUGCGUGCGUGCGUGUGUGUGUGUGUGUGCGUGUGUGUGUGCGCAUGUGUGUGUGUGUGAACUGAGGGUGGGAGUAGCCUUGCUGUGCCUUUUCAAAAUAGACACUCAGCGUACAGCAUGGUUCUCUCUUUCUCUCUCUUCUCUCUCCUCUCCCCGUGGUUUUCUGCACGCAAAGAAUGACCCAGGAUGUUAAAUAUUUCUGUUACCUAAUACACUGAAACCAGAUUAUAGGCCUGAUUUUUCUUCCCUUUCCCAAUGUUUAAAGCAAUCACGCAUGACUUAAAAAAUGUUACAAGGUGUGAGUUGCCAUCCUUUGACCCCCACAUUUGAUAAAACUCAUUGUAACCUGCAUCAGGUUGGGAAAAUAAAAGAAGGAACAAAAAUCAGACAAUAAAGUGACAUUCUGUUUUCCAUCCAUUCUUCUUCGCGUUCUUUGAAAAUCAUGCUAACGCUUUCAGGUAGGUCACAUGAUGCUUUCCAUGUGAACGUCAGCUCGAUUUCUCUACUGCCUGUGAAACAUUUCGUUGGACUGAAAGACGUCUUAAACUAUCACUGGUGGGGAAGAAAUCAUUUGACCCUGUGUGUCUGCUGUAGUAUCAGAUCAUCCAAUCAAAUCCCAGGCACUAAUAACAGCCUUACAUGUGUUUGGAUUGGCAUGUAAGCGGCGGCUGCAGAAGUGUUUGUGGGAGUAUGGAGGGAGUGAGCGCCUUCUGCUGGAGCAGCGAGGCCUUUCGCGAGCUGCUCCCACUCCAGUGAUCCUUCUUUUAGCUCUCUUUCUUUAUUUUUAUUGAUGAUGUGAUAAUUAUUUUUUUUUUGUUUUGUUAUUGCGGUCUCUUUCGAGGUGUCCUCCAUCAUAUGUACAGUCAGAAUCUCAUGAGCGUUCAGGUGAGGCCACUAAGGGCUUUUUAGGAUGCAUUAUUUUUUCCCUUUUGUAAUCUCUAAAACCGAGAUGCAUGAUCGAUCGAUGGCACACUUGCCUGUAAGCUUAAGUGGUUGUUUCUGAUUUUCUUUGAGUGAGAGAAUUUUAGAACAGCUUUAGGUUAAAAUGCAAACUUAUCCAGCCAGCCUCCCUUUUCCAUAUUUCACAAUUUCCUCAUUUCCAUCCGUCGAUGGCUGCUCUACCUGAUGCACCAGUUUAUUUUGAAAAGUGUCACUGAUAGAAACAAGCACCAGCAAAGAGAUGUUUGCUUUGGGAACGUGUACACGCUUCUUUUAAUAAUCCAAAACUGACAAACCUGUUUGUUUCUUUUCCUCUUCUUCAUAUUCCAAAGGCAACUGCAGUGUUGAAUGCAGCAUCUGUAAAGAUCCCAGUGGUUUAAUCCUUUACUGACCUCUCACAAGGGAAUAGGUGACGUUUUACCUUGUGUGAAACUUGAUAGUGACAUGAAUGCAUUUGGUUAGUUUAGUUUUCCUCCCCCUUUGUCUGUCAUCGAAAUUCAUGUCUCAUAACUCUAAUAAUGUUUAUAAUUUGUUUUUUUCUUGGCCUUUUAGUUCUUAUGAUACAGAUCUACUGUAGUAGAAAGAUUUAUUUGAAUAAGCAUCAUCUAUGACAAGUAAUUAAAGUGUAUGAACUUAAGUAUGAAAAUGUAUUUAGCUUGCAGAUUUCAUUUAGCUAUCCUAUGUUCAGAUGUGAAGCUUUAAUUUCAACAAUUCUGUAAAAUAAUAGGAGCAAGGAACGUGUGCAUAUGUUUUGUUUUCUUUUACUGAAAUGGUUUUUGUUUUAGCUUCUUUUUUUUUAAAACCCAUCUUGUAACAUCUGAUAAAUGCACUAUAAUAAAGAGAUCUCUAUUACAACUUA